AUGACGUCGACUUGGUACUCGAAAGGUCGAUUCGAUCAGUAUGUGAAGCUGCAACAAAAAAUGGAAGCAAACUUGCCUAACCUGCACUUAGAUCAAAAAUCCACCAAUGAAAAGAGAGAAAUCAUCGAAAAAUAUCACAAUCAAACGUCAGCGCAAGUAGAAUGGUGGCAGAAGCAUUUUCCGCAUAUCUGUACGUUAUUUGCAGUUGCGAUUGAAACUAGAAUAUUCUACGAUCACUUCGCACCAGGAUCGCAGGAUGUCGAAUACUGGCUAGAUCGUUUGCCAAAAGAGACUUUCAAACCAACUUUAUAUCACGUCAAAGUACGACCGUAUUUUCCCAGCUCGGCCAAAUAUGAGUGGUACAAAAAUCUAACAUUCGAUGGAUCUGUUGAUAUCGACUUUGAGGUAUUGAAAAGGGUAACUGAAAUAAAAUUGAAUGCGCAUCGUAUGGUUAUCGAAGCGGCAAAUAUUCGUCUCAUUCAACGUCCUACAAAUGUUUCAUACCAAAUUGAAUCCAUUGAAAAGGACUUCACCAAUGGAUGGGCAACGACCUACUUCCCACCAACUCCACCGAUGUCCAGCUAUUUGUUCGCAGCUGCCGUUGGUCAUUUCGCAUCGCUCGAGACCGUCUCAAAGACCGGAGUGCUUGUACGUGCAUGGGCAUGGACCGGUAUGGAGCGGUAUGCUGAAUUUGGACUGAAAACAGUUGCUGGAACGGUAGAUUUCAUGGCCACAUACUUUGAUUAUCCAUUCCCGAUGCCGAAACUCGAUUCGUAUAAAAUUGCGCUGAGGCAUUCGGAAAUUUGUGAAUGUUUAAAGAGCAAAGAGAAUCAUUUCGUACUUAGAUAUGUAAGUGUGGACGAAUGGAAUGCUGGACAAGCAUUGGGAACACGCAUAAAUUAA